AUGGACGAGGAAUAUGCAGAAUACCGAUGCUCGGCAUGUGGGAAAGUAAUUAAGAGCAAAGUUGUUAGAUGUAAAACUUGCCCAAAGCUUUUUAACUAUCCAGGAUGUGUAAAUAAGCAUAGAAUUCUCGACAGAAACCAAGAGUACGUGCCGUGUAAAGGCCCAUUUGAGGAAUUCUUGAUUGAUAUUGAGAAAGUACCGAUACCGACAGGAAGAGAUAAGACAUCAUCGACAGGAUCUGUAGAGUUUACAGGAGCGGUCACAACAAUGAGCAGUGGAAUUCAAGAAGAAUUAGAAAAUGUCAAGCAAGAAUUGGAAAACUUGAAGAAAAUGAUACAGGGAACAGCAUAUGGAUUAAAGGAAGGAUCACAGAGAAGCUACAGUAAAGCGGUUAAAGAAAAGAUGAAAGAAAACGUUAUAAUAGUUAAACCAAAAUUGCAACAGGAGAGUAAAGUCACGAAAAAAGUAAUAAAAGAGAAGAACUUACCAGCGCACAUAAACAAACUGCAGCAUAAGGUUAUGAAGAGGACAAAUCCUGUGAUAGUAGCGAUGUCGGAGACCAGGCUGAUUAGUAACAUAGAAGACAAUGAAGGCGCGGGCCCGCCGAAGGCGGGCGCCAGCGGUGCCAUUCCGCACAGGAAACACGCGGACACGGAGUUAGCAGCCCCCGCCCGCUUCAACAAAACAGCUUUCGAUGACAACAGACAGGCCUCAGACGGUAGGCGCAGAGGUCUCAGGCGUCCAACGAACCAGGGUGAGACCAACGAUGACGACCAAGCUAUUCAAAUGGAUUACGAGAUAAAGGUUCCCUUUGCAAGGAGAAGUUGCCGCAAGUGUGUGGAGAGCGGCAAAGAGAACUUUGUGGCGCUCACUCUUAACGAUGAAGUCAGGCACGCCGAGGAGCGCUACAAGAAUAAGGUGGUGGUCUAUGUGUACGAGACUUGUGGAAAAAGGUACGCUAGAAAACAUCCGGCCUUGUGCCAUGUAUCAAAGUGCACUGCCCCAAGACCACCACCUGUUAACGGACACGAGUGUCGGAUUGAUAAUUGCGGCAGGGUGUUCGCGACCAAAUCUGGUCUCUCGCAGCACGAGAGACACGAAUACCCACUAGUCAGAAACGCGGUCCGGGCAGGCGGGUUCGCAAGAGGUGGACCAACGCCAUUUCGCAGGAGAGCCUUGCGAGUAUUCUCGGAAGAAAAAGAAGACCUCAUGUUGAGGCUCGAGCUCCGGUUCAGAAACGAAAGGAACGUGGUAAACAGAAUGACGGAGUUUCUGCCGGAAGUAGAAGAGGAGGAAGAGACAGAAGAGGAGGAUGCAAUAGAAGAAGAAGUAGAAGAAGCGGAUGAAGAGGAGAUUGAUGUGCCCGAGGAGGCAGAUGAGUUGCCUAUCCCUCCCGGGGAUCCGCCAUAUCAGAGCGAGGAGGGGCAGCCUCGCGAAGAAAACGGUGCUGAGGGGCGACAGCCCGUUGAAGAGGCCUCGGACUCUCUACCAGAAGAGGUGGAGGACUUUCUACCAGAAGACACAUGGAGAGGGAAUAGCGAGAGACGUAUUGAGAGUAGAGCCCCCAGACGCUAUUCCACCCGAGCAGCUUGCGUCCAGCUGCUUAGACGGGUCCUGGCGCGCAUAGUGAGUGGAGACCCGCCUAACAAAGAAGAGCAGAACAGCCUGGACGACCAGAUCCUGGAGUUCUUUCGCACCAACGCGGGCGACCCGAAGGGGAAGAAGCGUGGCAAGGAGGCCAGGAAGAAAAACCGCAAGCGCUACAAAUAUGCCAGGACCCAGGAGUUGUACAGGCAAAAUCCAGGCCUUCUAAUAAAAUACGUAAGGGAGGAUAUCAACUGGACUGAGGAAACCAAGCCGGAUCUCAGUUCGGAAGAUAUAAAGGACCUGUACAACUCGUUGUGGAGCACAAAGCCCAAAAUAGAACCUCCCAAGUUCGGGGAACAGGGACCGCCGCUGGCGUUGGAAAGGGUGUUUCCCCCCAUCACGACUAAGGACGGCUUUACCUCAGAAGCGGGCUGCUUCAACAACGUGCACAUCCUAAGCGAGUUGUUGCGACACUCGAAGAAUACAGAAGGCCUGGCCGCAGUGCAGCUGGAUGUCUCCAAAGCCUUUGACACGAUACCACAUGAGGCUAUUGGAGCUGCUUUGAGGAAAAAGGGGCUUCCCGAGCUAGUGAAACAAAGAAGACACAAUCGAAAUAAAACUCCAACGCGGAGUCAAGCAGGGAGACCCCUUAUCACCGUUAUUGUUCAACCUGAUGAUGGAACCGGAUGGAUGCUCAUUGCGUUGGAGAAUCAGCCCGGCUGUAACAUCAGAGGCGAGGUGAGCGUCUCAGCGCUGGCAUUUGCAGAUAAUAUCAUAUUAACGGCGAAAAAUGCACCACAAGCCAGCAAUCUGCUCAGGACGGCGGAGACGUACCUAAGGGGGCUAGGUAUGAGAAUCUCCGCCACAAAAUGUGCAGCAUUUCAAAUUAUAAAAACUAAAGACUCCUGGUACCUGGCAGAUCCCGGGCUGACACUGAUAAGUGGAGACGGUAUCCCGUACGCGGAUGCGGGUACCACUUUAAAAUACCUAGGAGUGAGAAUAUCUCCUUGGGCUGGAAUUGAUAUCAAGGGCCUAAAGGACAAUCUCUGCAAAGCGACCAAAGGCAUUAAGAAAUUGGCGCUAAAACCACCCCAUAAGGUCCAUCUGAUCUCCACUUACCUAGUCCCGCACUACCUGUAUCAGUUGGUGCUGGCAGCGCCGCCAGUAACCUACCUUAGGCAGCUAGACCAGGAGCUACGGGUAGUGAUCAAGGACAUUUACCACUUGCAGCAAUCAACAGCCAAUGGAUUAAUAUAUUGCUGCAAGAGAGACGGGGGACUAGGUUUCCCCAAGCUGGAGACUUUGGUGGUGAGCUCCAGCUUGCGGGCAGGACUAAAAUUCACCGAGUCGGCAGACCCGGUGAUGCGAGCUCUUACGGAAGCCGCAGGCAUGGUGAACCGUCUCAGGAGCCUGGCGGCGGCCGCACGAAUAAACUGGCCCGUAGACGCCCAAGCAAUAAGAAGAUACAAGAACGGAGCCAAGAAACAAGAGCUCGCAGCAUGGGCAGCUCUGGUGUCGCAAGGCAAGUCGGUGGAGUCUCACACCGACGACAAAAUUGAAAAUGCCUGGCAUUAUCCAUCGCUCCUCAAGCCGGGCAGAUUUAUAACGGCGUUCAAAAUGCGCACCAACACCACCGCUAACAGAACAACGUUAGCUAGAGCUGGCCCGGUGGCGGACGUAAAGUGUCCGAAAUGUAAGACCAAGCCAGAGACACUCGCACACAUCCUGGGGCAGUGCACAAUUAUGAAGGAGCAUACGAUACGCCGCCACGACGAAAUCAUAAAGCUAGUCAUAGACAAAAUAACACAAAGAGACAAGGAGGUAGCGGUAACGAGGAAAACAACUUACAAAAUGCCCUCGGGCGGGAAUUUCAAACCCGAUCUGGUGGUACAGAGCCGGAAAAGGGUCUUCGUGGUCGAUGUUACGGUCCGCCACGAAGACAACGAUUAUUUUGCUCAGGGACAUAAAGACAAGCUACAAAAAUAUAGCCAACUGCUACCUCCCCUGCAGCGCGAUUUAGGAGCUAGCGCUGCAGAAGUCCUACCCAUUGUGGUAGGAACGCGAGGGGCGAUGCCCAAGGAGACGGUCAAAAGCUUGUCCAAACUUAACAUCAAAGACCGAAAAACGCUCAUCACGAUAUCGAUGAUAGCGUUGCGUAAUUCCAUCGAGCAAUAUCACAUGUUCAUGAAUUACGACGCCCCUCGCCAUUUGGCGGAGGCCCCCGGCUUCGUCGGAUAA